AUGUAUGUGACAAGGCCUCUUUCUUUGUACAAACAGUUUCCUUCCGCGCUUUCAUUGUCACCUCCUGAAGGUCGAAAUUCCGGCAUUUUGGUCAUCCAAGAUGAAGAAUCCGAGGCUACAUGUUUUUUCGGAUUGUUCAAGAGUCAUGAGAUCAGGGACUUACCUUUCCCAAAGAACAAAAACCUCAAGCUUCGUUAUGCAACAAGAAAUGGCGAGCACCAACAUGUUUAUCAUUUUUUCGCUACCUUCGUUCCAGUUCUUAACCAGCCAUUAUCUUCCAAUCGGUAUUAUGCAGUAAAGACACGAGGAAGCCAUAGAGGGGAAGCAUAUGCAAAUUCCAAGGAGGAAGACAUGGGAAGCUGCUUCUGCUUCAGCUUUGUUCGUGACGUGCCACCAAAGCCUUUGGAUCCCAACGACGUAUACCAGCAAUUUAAGAUUCACCCUGAAAGCAAAAUAUUUCAAAGGGGUGGUUUUGUCGCCAAAUCCGUUUCUCCAAACGGGUUCCCUCCAAAGUUCCUCGGAAGAAGAGGGUGGGAAGUGCAUACCUCAACUCCCCGCGAUUUCAAGUUAUGCGACGACGCACUAGGUGUAGACACCGCCCUCCGCGGUCGCCUUCCAGACUUCAACUUCCCGCUAUCGCACAAGAGUUGUCAGCCAGUGGUUGUUGGAAAGUGGUAUUCUCCUUUCAUGUUCAUUAGGGAAGGAAGAGAUUUGGAAGAUAUUAUGAGUAGAUCAAUGUACUACGAGAUCACGCUCGAACAGAGAUGGGAACCAAUGUUCGCAUGUGAGCGUGAUAAUGAAAGCCAAGGCAAUGGUGUGGCUGUGGAUGCUGUUGUUCAAAGAGAAGUUGUCUCAGUUGCUGGAAGGGAAGCUGCGGAUGUAAAUGUGGUUGAUGGGUGGGAGGAGGGAAGGGUUGGAUGGGUUGGGGGGAAAGAGAAGCAUGUGACACUGAAGAGAGUGGAGGAGUUUGGAGGGAAGGGGGAAUGGAGGAAAUUUGGUUAUUAUGUUUUGGUUGAGAGGUUUGUGGUGAAACGAAUGGAUGGGAGCCUAGUAUUAACCUAUGAUUUCAAACAUAUUAAACAGAGUAGAUGGGAGUAA